AUGGACUGGGGCACCACGCUGGUUACCGGCCUCGAAAAGCGCCUAAAUCAAAGCCAGGACCCGCGGAUCGGCUCCGGCCGCGACAACUCUACCGGCGGCACCCUCAGCCACGUCACCUCCUCCGGCACUGACUCCUCCUCCGCCGCCUCCCUCGGCAGCACCUUCAUCCCCGUUCUCGUCUACUCCGGCGUCUGCCUCGUCAUCUUCUUCGUCUUCCGCCGCAAGUGCCAGCGCGUCUACGCGCCGCGCACCAUCUCCAGCAUCCGCCGCGCCCCCCUCGUCCCCGUCCCGCCCCUGCCCGACACCUGGUUCACCUGGCUCAAGGACUUUUGGAACAUCGACGAGGCCUUCCUCCUCAACAACACCUCCCUCGAUGGCUUCUUCUUCCUCCGCUACCUGCGCGUCCUGGCCACCAUCUGCUUCGCCGGCUGCAUCAUUGCAUGGCCUGUCUUGCUCUCCGUCAAUGCCACCGGCGGCAAGAACCUGACCCAGCUCGACCUGCUCACCAUUGGCGACGUUGCCUCGCCCAUCAAGUUCUACGCCCAUGUCGCCAUUGCCUGGCUCUUUUUCGGCUUCAUCCUCUUCAUGAUCAGCCGCGAAUGCAUCUACUAUAUCAACCUGCGCCAGGCAUACCUCAUGGCGCCGCGCCAUGCCCAGCGUCUGUCGUCCCGCACCGUCCUCUUCACCUGCGUGCCCAAGCGCUUCCUGGACGAGCACCGCGUCCGCAAGCUCUUUGGCGACUCAGUUAAGAAUGUGUGGAUCCCGCGCAACACCCGCGAACUGGAGCGCCUGGUCGACGAGCGGGAGAGUGCUGCCGUGCGUCUGGAAAAGGCCGAGAUCGAGCUGAUUCGCAAAGCCAACCGAGCUCGCAAAAAGAAGCACGGCGUGCCCCUUGACGAGCAACUUCCGCCUCCCGUCUCCAUGGCCGGCCGGUCGCCGGCCCGGUCCGACACCUCUUCCACCCUCGACUCGACAUCUUCAUCUGCCUCUGCGCCCUCCGCCGCCUCCUCCUCCUCAUCGUCGUCCUCCUCCACUAUCACCACCUCCAAGGGCAUCUACUUUACCACAGCAACCGGCCGCAGCGACAACGGCAACAACAUCAACAGCAACGACAGCAGCGGCGGUGGCGGCAGCUCCACCACAGCGCUCCUCGUCCCACCACCCGCCGUUUCAACGUCAUCAACCAUCAACGUUUUGCAAAACACCCUUUCGCCGGGUCUCAUUCAUGAAAUUCGUGAAAUCAACCAAACCAACAAAAUCCAAGAGCCGUCACCGGCGGCACGAAAGUCCGACAGGGCCCAUGCCACCGACGACAUAUUGCCCAUGGCGCCCGACGACCGCCAGGGGUCAUUCUCGGACGCAUCCGGCCCGUCGUCAGCGACGGCUGUUACCUCCACUGUGCCCCCCAUGUCCGAGAUUACUGAAAUCGAGACGGCCGUGGAAGACCCCCAAAACCAGGACAACGCCAUUGUCGCCAAGCCUGCAACAAAGGAGGUCGCCGACGAUAACAAAGAGAACAACGACGACGAGGAAAAUGAGCAGGAUUAUAUCCACCCUUACGGCUUCAGCGACACCCUUCCCGAUGUUCGCGGCUCUGUUGCCGCUCAGUGGCUGCCCGUCGACAAACGCCCGGCGCAUCGCCCACUGGCCAACUUUGGCCGCCGUGUCGACACCAUUCGCUGGACCCGCAUGCGCAUCAAGUCACUGAACAAGGCCAUUGCCAAACUGCGCCGCAAGUUCCGUGCCGGCGACGGCGACCUUCUCUCGUCCAUGUUUGUCGAGUUCGACACCCAGGCCGCCGCACAGGUCGCCUUCCAGGUCCUCACCCACCACCAGCCGCUGCACAUGUCGCCGCGCUUCAUCGGCAUCCGGCCCGAAGACGUCAUCUGGUCGUCUCUCCGCAUGCGCUGGUGGGAGCGCAUCAUGCGCCGCUUCUUGAUCAUGGGCGCCAUUGCGGUCGGCAUCGUCUUCUGGUCCAUCCCAGCCGCCUUGGUCGGCAUAAUCUCCAACGUCUCCUUCUUGAGCUCCAAAGUUUUUUUCCUGCACUGGAUUGCCGAUGUUCCCAAGGCCAUUACUGGUGUCAUCGAGGGCCUGCUGCCUGCUGUUGCUCUCUCUCUUCUGAUGGCGGCUGUUCCGGGCAUGCUGCGCAUCUGCGCGCGCAUCGCCGGCCUUCCGUCGUCGCCCAUGGUCGAGCUGUACACCCAGCACGCCUACUUUUGCUUCCAGCUCAUCCAAGUCUUUCUCAUCACCACCUUGACCUCAGCCGCCUCGGCCGCCUUCACGCAGAUUUUGGCCGACCCGCUCUCCAUCAAGGAUCUGCUGUCCACCAACCUGCCCAAGGCCUCCAACUUCUACCUCUCCUACAUCACCGUGCAGUGCUUGGCUGGUGGUGCCAUUGGCCUGGCCCAUUUCUUUGACCUGUUCCGCCACACCGUCCUGAACAAGACCAUCCAGCACCCUCGCCGCGCCGUCCGCAACUUCCAGCGUCUCAAGCAGCCGCACUGGGGUGGCAUCUUCCCCGUGUACACCAAUAUGGGUGUCAUCGCCAUCAGCUACACUUGCAUUGCCCCUCUCAUUCUCGUCUUUGCCGGCGUCGGUAUGUGCGUCGUCUACCAGGUGUACAAGUACAAUCUUGUCUACGCCUUUGACGGCGACCGCGACAGCAGAGGCCUGCACUACCCGCGCGGCCUCUUGCACCUGAUGAUUGGCUUGUACCUGGCCGAGGUUUGUCUCAUUGGCCUGUUCUCCAUCCAGUCUGCCGUGGGCCCCGUCAUCUUGAUGAUCAUGUUCCUCGUUUUCACCUUCCUCGUCCACAUCUCCCUCAACGACGCUGUCAGCCCACUGCUGUACAGCCUACCGCGCACUCUGGCCCUCGAUGACCAAGACCUGGCGGCCGGCCACGAAGACCUCCGCCGGCAGGCGGAGCGUGAAGCCGCCGAGGCCGCCGCCAGCAGUGCGAACAGCGGCGGUCUGAACGCCGACUACUACAACAUUGAGGAGGGCUACGGUGACGACAACGACUCGGACGACGACCUGCACGCGGGCCCCGUCACAAAUCGCGGCGUCGACGGUGCCGGUGAACUCAUGGGCAUGGUCAAAGAUUGGGGCCGCGACGCCAUCAAGAAGCGCAUGAAGACCGAGGUCAAGGCCAUGAAGACGGACAUUACCUCGUUUAGUGUUUCGCAGUACAUCCCUUGGGGGAAAACGACCAUGGUCCGCAACGACAUCAACGACAACCGCGCCGAUCCCAACGCAGCGAGCAACAGCGACGCCGCGCCCCAGGGGGAGCUGGGCGCCGACGGUCAACCCCUGUCCGAAAAGCCCAAGGCCAACUUCUUCACGCGCUGGCUGCACCCGGAGCUGUUCGAGGACUACACCUUUUUGCGCAAGACAUUGGUCCGGGCUGAACAGGAGGAACCCAUGGCUUAUCCAGCCGACUACACAUUUCGCGGCUACUGGCCGCCUGAGAUGUGGAAGCCGAUCCCCAAGCUGUGGAUUCCCCGUGACGACGCCUGCGUCAGUCGCCAGGAGGUUGCGCACACGCGCCAGGUCGUGCCUAUUACGGACCGCGGUGCCUGGUUGACGGCCAAGGGCAAUGUCGUCGCUGACCUCGACAAGGCGCCCUUUUUGGAGCCCAUCUAUUUGUAUUAA